AUGCAGAAUUCUAUUGCAGCCGCAAAUUUUCACCCUUUCGUCCUUUCUGAAGAGCUCCAGUUUAGUUUAACUCAAUUUGCAGACGAUACGGUAAUCUUGGGGGAUUCUAACAGAGAAAAUAUUUUGGCUGUUAAAGUGAUGCUUAGGGGUUUUGAGCUGGUGUCCGGGCUGAAGGUGAAUUUUUCAAAAAGCAAGGUAAUUGGUGUCAAUUUGGAUGAUGGAUUCCUUGAGGUUGCAUCAAACUUCCUCUCUUGUGCUACGACCAGCUUGCCGUUUAACUUCUUGGGAAUUCCCAUAGGAGCGAACCCGAGAAGGAAAAUCACAUGGGAGCCGUUGGUGACAAAGAUUAGAAACAAGCUUUCUUUGUGGAGAGGGAAGCACAUCUCAUUCGGCGGUAGAUUAACUUUGAUCAAUUCAGUCCUAAAUUCAAUACCGGUUUUCCUCUUUUCUUUCUACCGUGCGCCUAAAUUAGUCUUGCAAGAGAUCAUCAACAUUCAAAGAGCUUUUUUAUGGAAAGGGGAGGAACAAAAACGUAGAAUCAAUUGGGUUGCAUGGACGGAUAUUUGUAAAUCAAAAGCAGAUGGUGGGUUAGGAAUCAAAGACUGUGAAGCUUUCAAUAUUGCUCUUCUAUCUAAAUGGGCUUGGAAAUUCUGUUCAAAUUCUUCGGAUAUGGGAGCAUCGAUUCUUACUUUCCGUUAUGGCGAUAUUAAGAGGAUUCUUCUUGAACCAUCGAGAUUCUCUACCUAUUUUCCGAAAGCUUCUAUUUGGUGGAGGGAUAUGAAGGAGAUCGUCGAUAAAUUUGGAGAAGAGGAGAGUUGGUUUGGCAAAAGGGUGUCUUACAAAGUUGGGAACGACAUGCUUAUAGAUUUUUGGCAUUAUCUCUGGCUCGGUUCUCAACCUCUAAAACUCAUGUUUCCAUCUCUGUAUGAAUCUGCCUUAAACAAAUCUGCUAGUGUAUUUUCUUCUGGAUUUUGGAUUGACGGUCUCUGGCAUUGGAACGAUAGUUUUGACACUGAUUCUCUGCCGACUCUAGCUGUUCAAGAGCUUCAAGAAUUACGACUGAUCUUAUCUGGAACGCAGCCUCACCAACAAGGCCGGGAUUCUUUCAUUUGGUGGCGGCAUCCGCAAGGUUUUUCGGUUAAAAAUGCUUAUUUAAGGUUGUUUUCCCUGAAAGGAGAAAGGUCAGCAAUGAAUCCCUCAACUUCUAGUCUAUUGAUAAAAAUUUGGAAUGCAUCUAUACCUUCUAGCAUAAAUUUUUCCGGAUGGAGAGCUGUUCUAGACCGCCUUCCAACGCGAUAUCAGCUGUGGAAAAGAGACAUGGUUAACUCUACUGGAUUACUUUGCCCUCUUUGUCGGGAAGAAGAAGAAACUGUGUGUCACUUAUUCAUUCUCUGUCGGAUCUCCGUUCAUGUUUGGUCUCUGGUUUUUGCUUGGUUGGGAACUCAACCUCCUGAUAUGAACUCUAUUUUGGACAACAUGGAAAUUUUAAACUCUGCUCUAUCAGGAUCUGUGGAGAAAAUUUUUCGGUGUAGAAUUUAG